CCUCCGCCCAGUGGCCCGCGGCGGGCCGGGAGCGAGCGGCCGGGCGAGGCAUGGCGGGCCGCCGGGCGCCGGGGGAGAAGCGCUGGCAGCUGGUGCGCUGGUACGUGCAGGAAGGACGGUUCCGAAUUGAGGAGAGGACACUGACAGCCUUCCAGUGGCUCUACAACCCACAGCAGCAUCGCAUCCUCAGCCGCGCUGACCUAGAAUCUCCCUCCAGGAUCGACAAGACCAUGCUGGCGAGCCUAAAGGUCAAGAAGCAGGAGCUGGCCAACAGCUCAGAUGUGACCUUCCCAGACCAGCCCCUGUCCCCUCCUCUCACUGCACCUCCCACCAUGAAGUCGGCAGAGUUCUUCGAGAUGCUGGAGAAAAUGCAGGGAAUCAAGCUUGAAGAGCAAAAGCCAGGACCCCAGAAGAACAAGGACGACUAUAUCCCGUAUCCCAGCAUUGAUGAGGUUGUGGAGAAAGGAGGCCCGUAUCCCCUGAUUGUCCUGCCUCAGUUUGGGGGCUAUUGGAUUGAGGACCCGGAGAACGUGGGGACGCCGACCUCCCUUGGUAGCAGCAUCUGUGAGGAAGAAGAAGAAGACAGCCUCAGCCCCAGCACAUUUGGCUAUAAGCUCGAGUGCAAGAGUGAAGCCAGGGCCUACCGCAGGCACUUCCUAGGGAAGGAUCACCUAAACUUUUACUGUACUGGCAGCAGUUUGGGGAACUUGCUGCUGUCCAUCAAGUGUGAGGAGGCAGAGGGCAUGGAGUACCUUCGGAUCAUUCUCAGGUCCAAAGUGAAGACAGUGCACGAGCGGAUCCCCUUGGCUGGACUGAGCAAAUUGCCCAGCGUCCCUCAGAUUGCAAAGGCUUUCUGUGAUGAUGCUGUGGGGCUGAAAUUCAACCCUGUUCUGUAUCCCAAGGCCUCACAAAUGAUUGUGUCCUAUGAUGAGCACGAUGUCAACAACACAUUCAAAUUUGGGGUUAUUUAUCAAAAAGCAAGGCAGACCCUGGAGGAAGAGCUGUUUGGGAACAAUGAGGAGAGCCCAGCUUUCAAGGAGUUCUUAGACCUGUUGGGAGACACGAUCACACUGCAGGACUUCAAAGGUUUCCGAGGAGGCCUGGACGUGACCCACGGACAGACGGGGGUGGAAUCCGUGUACACGGUAUUCCGGGACAGGGAGAUCAUGUUUCACGUCUCCACAAAGCUGCCGUUCACCGAGGGAGACGCCCAGCAGCUCCAGAGAAAGAGACACAUUGGGAAUGACAUUGUGGCCAUCAUCUUCCAAGAAGAAAACACACCAUUCGUCCCUGAUAUGAUUGCUUCCAACUUCUUACACGCCUACAUCGUUGUGCAGGCCGAGAACUCAGGCACAGAGACCCCGUCCUACAAGGUCUCAGUCACUGCACGGGAAGAUGUACCCGCCUUUGGCCCACCUCUGCCCAGCCCUCCUGUUUUCCAGAAGGGCCCAGAGUUCAGGGAGUUCCUGCUUACCAAGCUCACCAACGCAGAGAACGCCUGCUGCAAGUCAGACAAGUUUGCGAAGCUGGAGGACCGGACGCGGGCCGCCCUGCUGGACAACCUCCAUGAUGAGCUUCACACCCACACGCAGGCUAUGCUGGGACUGGGCCCUGAAGAGGACAAGUUUGAGAAUGGAGGCCAUGGAGGAUUCCUGGAGUCGUUUAAGAGGGCCAUCCGUGUGCGCAGCCACUCCAUGGAGACCAUGGUGAGCAGCCAGAAGAAGCAGCACAGUGGAGGCAUCCCUGGCAGCCUCAGCGGAGGCAUCUCGCACAACAGCAUGGAGGUCACCAAGACCACCUUCUCGCCUCCAGUGGUGGUGGCGGCGGUGGCAAAGAACCAGUCACGGAGCCCCAUCAAGCGGCGGUCGGGGCUCUUCCCCCGUCUGCACACAGGUUCUGAAGGCCAAGGCGACAGCCGGACUCGAUGUGAUAGCGCAUCCAGCAACCCCAAGACCCCGGAUGGUGUACACCCUUCUCAAGAGAUAAAGUCUGAGGCCUCCUCCAAUCCCAGCUCUCCAGAAAUCUGUCCCAACAAGGAGAAGCCCUUCAUCAAGUUGAAGGAGAAUGGCCGAGCCAACAUCUCCCGCUCCUCCUCUAGCACCAGCAGCUUCAGCAGCACAGCGGGGGAGGGCGAGGCCAUGGAAGAAUGUGACAGUGGGAGUAGCCAGCCGUCCACGACCUCGCCCUUCAAGCAGGAGGUGUUUGUGUACAGCCCGUCCCCGAGCAGCGAGAGCCCUGGCCUGGGGGCAGCUGCCACCCCCAUCAUCAUGAGCCGGAGUCCUACAGAUGCCAAAAGCAGAAACUCCCCGAGGUCAAAUCUGAAAUUCCGCUUUGAUAAGCUCAGCCAUGCCAGCUCUAGUGCGGGUCACUAAUGUGAAAGAGGAGUCCUUCGCUUGUCAAAGGGAAGUUCCGGUUCUGUCUGGGAGAAGGCUCCUAUUCCAGCAGUUUGGGGGUGCCAUCCACUACUCUGACCAUCACAGGCCUGCUGCCCCGGCCACCUGCCCACCACUGUCCCAGUGUCCCAGUUUGGCCACACUCCUGCCUGUCCCCUUGCCAAGACACUCUGCGAGCACUUCUUCUCUGGCCAAGGCCUCGUUACACCGGCCUGCCCCUGCUCUGACCACCCUAUGUUAUGUGUGUCUGGGUCA